UUUCUUGCUGAUUAUAAAAUGGCAGGUCGAUCUGCUGCUGCCAGACGUGCAGUUCCUGAAAACGAAUCAACUAUCAAUUAUGUACAAGCUGAUGGAUUGGCUGUUAUGAAAAUUGUGAAGCAUUGCCAUGAGGAAUCAACCACAAAUAUGGACAUUGCUCAAGGAGCCCUUCUAGGUUUGGUAGUGGACAAUAGGUUGGAAAUUACUAAUUGUUUUCCAUUUCCUAAACAAACUGAUGAAACAAUGGAUGAGGAUGAAUAUCAGCUAUCAAUGAUGCGAAGAUUAAGAAGAGUGAAUGUUGAUCAUUUUCAUGUUGGCUGGUAUCAGAGUGCUGAUGUUGGAAAUUUUUUGAGUCAGCCUCUUCUUGAGUCACAGUUCCAUUAUCAAACAUCCAUUGAGGAAUCGGUGGUGGUCAUUUAUGAUACUCAGAAAUCUUCUAGAGGAUUCUUGACUCUCAAAGCUUAUCGUCUAACUCCUCAGGCUAUUGAAUUGUACAAGGAGGGUGAAUUCACCCCUGAGGCCCUAUUGAAGUUGAAAGUGGGAUUUGAGAAUUUGUUCACUGAGGUUCCUUUUCUAAUUAAAAACUCACCUUUGUGCAAUAUCAUGAUGUCUGAGCUAGCAGAGAUGGUUCCAGAAGAAGAAGGUUCAAAGUUCUUGGAUUUGGGUACUGCAUCAGUUUUGGAAGGUCAACUAAGAUGUCUCAUGGAUAGAGUUGAUGAAUUGAAUCAGGAAGCUAUUAAGUUCAAUAGGUAUCAACAAUUAGUUAGCAGACAGCAACAAGACAAACACAGGUACUUGCAGAAACGUACUCAAGAAAAUGCUGCUCGUGCUGCCAAAGAUGAGCCUCCAUUGCCAGAGGAAGACAUCAACAAAGUAUUCAAGCCCCAUCCUGUUCCCCCAAGGUUGAAUCCCAUGAUUAUAGCUGGGCAGGUCAACACUCACAGCCAGGCCAUAUCUCAGUUCUGUUCUCAGUCUUUGGCCAAGUUGUACAUCACCCAGGCAUUGCAAUCUGCCAAAGAAGCAAACACCAACCCAUAAGUGUUUCCUCAUAUCAAUUUAUUGAGAACAUUUACUUAUUAAAAGUUUAAUUUGAC